AUGUGCGGCAUUUUCGCAUACAUCGGCGACAGACAGGCCGCCGCUUUGCUGGUCACUGCCCUGAAGCGCCUUGAGUAUCGCGGCUAUGACUCGGCCGGCAUUGGCAUCCAGGGGGGUCCGCUCAAAGUGCGGAAGAAGGUGGGCAAGGUGUCCAAUCUAGAGGAGGACGUGUCCAAGGCGGGUGACCAGGUGUCCGGCACCUGCGGCAUCGCGCACACGCGCUGGGCCACUCACGGCAAACCCUCGGACGUGAACUCUCACCCGCACACCACGGCGGACUCCAGCGUUGCGGUGGUGCACAACGGGGUCAUCGAAAAUCACCAGGCCCUAAAGAAGCAGCUGGCAAGCAAGGGCUACACCUUUGUCAGCCAGACUGACACCGAGCUGUUGGCUCAUUUGGUGAAGGACCUGAAGGGACAAAUGGAGAGCGCCAACUGGACACAGGUGGUGGCCACGGCCCUGCGGCUCUGCGAAGGCGCCUACGGCGUGGCCUUCAUUUUUGAGGACGAGCCAGAUUUGAUCAUUGGGGCCCGCAAGGGCUCGCCCCUGAUCCUGGGCGUCGGGGAAGGUGAGCACAUGCUGGCCAGCGACGCCUCCGCCAUCGUCGAGCAUACCAAGGACGUGGUGUACCUGCGCGAGGGGGAGAUUGUGGAGGUGCGUCGAUCCAGCUUCAAGGUCAUGGAGAUGACGGCGGUGGUGAAGAAGCUGGCGCAGCAAGAGUCCCCCCGCAGGCCCGACGUGGAGAACCCCAUCGUGCGCUUGGAGCUGUCGCUGGAGCAGAUCGAAAAGGGAGGCUUCAAGCACUUCAUGCUGAAGGAGAUCAUGGAUCAGCCCAAUGCCAUGAGGAACGCCCUGCGCGGCCGGAUCUACCAACCGGUGGACGCUGCGCCGGACGUCUGGGAGAUCAAACUUGGAGGCCUUGAGAAGGCCAAGGAGCGGGCAGUGGAUGGCAGAAGUCCGCUGGAACGGAUGGCCCACGCCAGUCGCCUCAUCAUCGCCGCCUGCGGCACCUCCUGGCACUCCGCGCUCAUCGCCAAGUGCGCCUUCGAGAAGUUGGCGGGCGUGCCCACGGAAGUGGAGUAUGCCAGCGAGUUCCGGUAUCGCAAGCCCUUGAUUUGCCAGUCCGAUUGCCUCAUUGCCAUCUCCCAGAGCGGAGAAACAGCGGACACCUUGGAGGCGAUCAAGAUGGCCAAGCAGUACAAGGCGUUGACCAUCGGAAUCGUGAACGUGGUCGGCUCCAGCAUUGCGCGCGAGACGGACGCGGGCAUGUACCUCCACGCGGGGCCGGAGAUUGGGGUGGCCUCCACCAAGGCCUUCACCUGCCAGGUCAUCGCGGUGCUUCUCAUGGCUCUGCGCUUGGGCAAGCAGCUGGGCACGCUGUCUGAGGAGAUGCUGCACACGUACUGCGCGGCAUUGAGCGCAGUGCCAGACAGCAUCGAGGAGUGGCUCAAGUCGCUUACGGAGCAGACCCGAGUAAUUUCGAAGUACUUCCGGCUGGCCACCAACGCCCUCUUCUCCGGCGUGGGGAUCCACUUUCCCGUGGCGCUGGAGGGCGCUCUCAAGCUGAAGGAGAUCUCCUACAUCCACGCAGAAGGGUUUCCGGCGGCGGAAAUCAGGCAUGGCGGCAUCACGCUCAUCCGGAACUUUGUGCCUGUAAUUUGCAUCGCAAUGAGGCAUGAUCCGGCCUACGAGCAGACGAAGCAGGUGGUCUCGGACUUCAGGGCGAAGGAUGCCGCUGUGGUGGUCAUCACGGAUCAAGGGAACCGGGACUUCGAUCAGGUGGCGCAGUUCGUGGUGCAGUGCCCUGAAACCAAGCUGGAGCUUCAGCCGCUGAUCAGCUGUGUACCGCUGCAGCUGCUGUCAUACUACAUUGCUGACAUGAGAGGAUGUUCUAUUGACCAGCCGCGGAAUCUGGCGAAGAGUGUCACGGUUGAGUGA